GGGAUCUUUAUCUCUUUGGUGUUCUUGUGUGUCAGACAGGCAGUCGAUUCAUAGCUUCUUUUACGUUUCCGCCACUGGCUUGAUACGUGCCCCGAAUGAAUCGCUAUCGAAAUGCUCCCGGCCUCAGAGGCCCUACCAAGGCUACUCCUAGCACCUUGUGUCAAAAAUGCCUGAAACGAGGGCACUACAGCUAUGAAUGCAAAGUGACCGCCCAAGAGCGGCCGUACACGUCUCGUCCAUCACGCACGCAGCAGUUAUUGAACCCCAAACUGCGGCCGCAACUCUCAGCUGAUGUCCCUAGUGACUCAUCACGCACGAAAGGACUAGCGACUGAGAUCCUUGCUAAGCGCGAGGAAGAACGAGUCGCACUCAGACCUCUAAACGAGCUCGGUCAGCAUCAUCACAUUCGGUCAGCUCGGUAUCAACGAUAUCGACCAGUCGAUCACACUCAAGAUCGCCCACUCGCCAUGCGGACUAUGGUGCACGAAAGGGCCAUGGUCGAACAAGGUCCAUCUCGUCCCAUGUUUCUGGACAAAGGAAGAGACGCUACAGCGAUGCGUCUUCUCAUGAUUCCGCAAGACUCUCGUUCUCGCUCGCGUGAGUGGCAGGGUGACAGGAACACCCGGCGGAGGCGUCGAGAAUCCAGCCCUGAAGAGCGAGGCCGGCCUCGACACCUGUCACGGGAUCGUGAACGACGAGACAGGUCCCGAAGUCAGAGCGUGGAUCACAGCCGGAUUGCCAGAACGAGACGGUCUGCGACCCCAGAAAAGCGACCAGAGCGUGGCUAUCCUGCUUCAAGAAAUUAUGGGGAUGGUCCGAGUCAUUCGCAGAAAGACGGACGGGGCCAAGGACGCGCGCCGCCUCCUCCCCGUGAGAGGAGUCUCAGUCCUUACAGCAAGCGUCUUGCGUUGACGCAGUCCAUGAAUAUGGGCAACUAG